AUGGCGGCGGCCAUCGCCAGCUCCCUGAUCCGCCAGCGGCGUCGGGCCCGCGAGGCCAACAACGAAAAGGUCCCGACCAAUCAGAGACGCAGCAGUCCCACCAAGGACCCGCGGCCCCUGUGUGAGAGACACAUCUUCAGCGUCUUCAGCAAGGUUCGCUUCUGCAGCGGCAAGAAGAGGCCGGUGCGCCGGAAACCAGGUGGGUUCGAAUCCCGGCUAGCGCCGCCGCAGGGCCGCCGCGGGGCCGCCGCGCUAUUCGUUAAAGCUAUUCGUUUAACAAAAAAUAAAUCAUACAAGCUCAUUAGAUGGUGGAAAAUUGUGGGAGCAGCGCUGUUUAACCUGAUCCCGGUGGGUCUGAGGGUUGUGGCCAUGCAGGGAGUGAAGGCCGGACUCUACAUGGCCAUGAAUGCAGAGGGAUACCUCUACACAUCAGACAUCUUUACAGCUGAGUGUAAGUUUAAGGAGUCAGUCUUUGAGAACUACUACGUGAUCUACUCGUCGACGCUGUACAGGCAGCACGAGUCGGGCCGGGCCUGGUUCCUGGGCCUCAACAAGGACGGUGUGGUGAUGAAGGGGAACCGUGUGAAGAAGACCAAGCCGUGCUCGCACUUCGUCCCCCGGCCCAUCGAAGUCUGCAUGUACAAGGAGCCGUCGCUGCACGAGCUGGAGGAGAAGCUGCUGAAGUCGUCUCGGAGCCCGACCAUGAACGGCGAGGAGCGGCCGGACGCCGAGGCGGCGGAGGAGCCGGACGACGACCUCACAGAGCGGGACGGAUUAUAGCCUGCAGCGCCCCCCGCAGGCCGAACUCCCAUUUUAACACUCCUCCUGUUCAGCAACUACAACCACACACGACGACGACCGACGCCAUGACGACCAACGCCAUGACGACCACGCCGG